AUGGGAGAGGGCUGGGAUUCCAAAGGCACCAAGCGCCGUAGCUCCGAAGACUCGGACGACUCUAGGAAAAAGGCAAAGAUGGGCGGUGUUUCGCUAAACGCCGAGGGCGCCCAAAAGUACAACCCGUACCUUGCCCACACGUACGACGACACCGAUGCGAAUGGCGACGAGGUAUUCGCAAACUCCCCGUUCGCAGGCUUCACCCGACGCUCGACCACGGCCAAACAAGCCGAGAAGGUGGAGGACUUGGACGAGAAUCCCUUCACCGGCCGACCACACACCAGCCAGUACUUUAGCAUCCUCCAGUCACGGCGCGACCUUCCCGUUCACAAGCAGAGACAAGAAUUUCUUGACAAGUAUCACUCGAGCCAGAUCCUUGUAUUCGUUGGUGAAACCGGUUCCGGCAAGACGACUCAGAUCCCUCAGUAUGUCGUUUACGAUGAGCUCCCCCAUCUCAACAAGAAGCUUGUCGCGUGUACCCAGCCCCGUCGAGUCGCUGCCAUGUCAGUCGCAACCCGUGUAGCGGACGAGAUGGACGUUGUGUUGGGCGAGGAGGUUGGUUACAGUAUCCGUUUCGAGGAUAUGACGUCGCCCCAGACCAUCCUCAAGUACAUGACCGACGGUAUGCUCCUCCGAGAGGCCAUGCACGACCACGAGAUGUCGAGGUACAGCUGCAUUAUUCUCGACGAGGCCCACGAGCGUACUCUCGCCACCGAUAUCCUGAUGGCGCUCUUGAAGCAAAUCGCCGCCAGGCGCUCCGACCUCAAGAUCAUCAUCAUGUCUGCCACUCUCGACGCCCAAAAGUUCCAGAAAGAUCUUUACACACCCGAGCCCGAGCGCGACUAUGUCGAGGCAUCCAUCCGAACCGUUUUGCAGAUCCACGGAUCCGAGCCCGAGGGCGACGUGCUGCUUUUCCUGACCGGUGAAGAAGAAAUUGAAGAUGUUUGCAAAAAGAUAUCUGCCGAGGCCGACGAGAUGGUACGCGAGAUGGAUAGCGGCCCCCUCGCCAUCUAUCCCCUGUACGGUUCCUUGCCGCCGUACCAGCAGCAAAAGAUCUUUGACAGCCCUCCCCGCCUCUCCGAAAGGGUGGCAAACCCGGCCGCAAGGUCAUCGUGGCUACCAACAUCGCCGAAACCACCGAGUCGAGUCGCUGCUCGUCUCCCCAUCUCCAAGGCCUCGGCGCAGCAGCGGGCCGGUCGUGCGGGUCGUACGAAACCCGGAAAGUGCUUCCGCCUCUACACGGAAAACGCCUUCAAGAAGGAACUCAUCGAGCAGACGUACCCCGAGAUUCUCCGAUCUAACCUUGCCAACACCGUGCUAGAGCUCAAGAAGCUCGGCGUCGAGGAUCUCGUGCACUUUGAUCUCAUGGACCCCCGGCCCCCGAGACCAUGA